CUUUUUUUAAGGGACAUUUUUAUGUGUAGUUUUUGUAAUCGAGCAGAAUAUAAAAUACUUAAUAUAAAUACGAUAUAAAUACAUUUAUUCUAGUUAGAUGUGACGAACAGCUGUUCGCCCACGUCACAUCAAGGUGACUCGCGUCAGUGAUAUUUAUAACAGAGACGGACUAUUCUCGUCAUAUCAGUUCAUCUUGAGUAGUAAUUGACAUAACUGGUAAUCACUGAGGGUGCAACUAUUCUCUCUCGCCUGUGGCGUUGAAAUCCAGUCGAUGGUUUAAAUACUUGAGUUGAAGGAUAGUUGAAGGAGUGCGAAAAAGUCGGUCGAGCCGGGGCCACAAAACGAGCGCACCCGACGCCCUCUCAGUUUGAACUGCGCAACAGCGUCGCUGCUUUCUGAUUGGACGGUGGGACGCUGACUCGUGCUGACCGUGGGCAGCAGCAGCGGGCUAGCCUAGCAUCACAAUUUACUCUGAAACUGCCAGCGUCAGCCACGCUAACAGGAAACUGCGGGCUGUUUUAUGCUCCCCCACAGCCGAGGAGGCCACUAACUAAAACGGAUAAAAACGUUUCUAUGAGUACGGCGAGAAUGUCGGUCCCGGCCGGACAGGGAUGAAGAUGACGCCGCUGUUGUGGCGAAGUGUGUCAGUGUGGAUAUGUGUAGCUGUAGUCUGCUGGUACCCUAGUUGCUAUGUCGGUUGCACAGAAUCGCACCAGGAGGCUCAGAGGUCUCUUCCCUCACAGGAUGCCGGUUCAGAGGAAGAGUCAGGGGAAAAGCCUCAUCAGACCAAGGUUGAGGACAGCUGGGUCUUACCUCCUCAGGCCUUAUCUGAAAAUGAGCUGCUGAUAGAAGAUGAGGAGCGAAAAGAGGAGCGAAUAACACAAGAGGUGGACCAAAAGCAGAAUGCUGAGGCCUUUGAAACAGAGGAGCCCACUGUAGAAGCAGAGCUGGAGGCCGACAAGGGAAUUUCAGAAGCCGCGGAAAGCUCAGAAUAUCAACAUCCUGAAGCCUCCUUUGCUCAAGAUCAGGACUCUGCCUCCCGCCUGCCUUCCCCUGACUCUGUAUCUGACUUCUCUGCUCCCGAGAAUAAAGAUGACCCAAGCAUAUUUAACAUUCAAGACAACACUCCAAAAAGUGCUUGGGGUGAUGCAUCAGACGUAGCUGCUCCCGAGGUCAUUGAUUCUGACCUGCCUCCAGUUGACUGUGAACUCAGAGAUGAAGACGAAAGCGAAGAAAACCCAUAUGACAAUGAUAGCAGCCCUCCAGUUGUCCUGGACAACAUUUCCAACGCCCACACUGCAGGUACUAAAACCCUCACUGACCCUCCCCUGAGUGCUCCAGCUGGUCACGGCACCCGUCAUCUGGAAGCCAACACAUCACACAUGCUCAAAGAGCAGGACUUGAGCUCCUCUGUGACCACAGACACAGAUUCCGCUCCGAGCUGCAAAGACGCAGAGGACAUCCCCACUUUUGAUGAGUGGAAGCGGAAGAUGAUGGAAGUGGAGAAAAAGAAGACUCUGUCUACUCACACCUCUACCGACGGAGGUUCUCACACGGUGAAAAAGGUUCGGAAGAACUUCAAUAACUAUGCUUCGGUGGAGUGUGGAGCCAAGAUACUUGGUGCUAACCCAGAGGCUAAGAGCACCUCAGCUAUACUAGAGGAGAACAUGGACUUGUACAUGUUAAACCCCUGUAGUAACAAAAUCUGGUUCAUUAUUGAGCUCUGUGAGCCCAUCCAGCUGAAACAGUUGGACAUUGCGAAUUUUGAGCUUUUCUCUUCCACUCCUAAAGACUUUCUCGUCUCCAUUAGUGAUAGAUACCCAACAAAUAAGUGGCAAAAGCUGGGAACGUUUCACGCCAGGGACGAACGCACAAUCCAGAGCUUCCCCCUGGAUGAAGAUCUUUAUGCUAAAUAUGUGAAGAGCUUCACCAAGUACAUAAAGGUGGAGCUGAUCUCUCACUUUGGCUCGGAACACUUCUGUCCCCUUAGUCUCAUGAGGGUGUUCGGCACAAGCAUGGUGGAAGAAUACGAGAGUGCUGAUCCAGCAGACAGACCGGAUGAUCAGGACGACGACUUGGAUUAUCCCGGAUAUGCACCAGGUGAAGUCAAAUCCAAGAACCUGAUUGGAUCAGCAAAAGAUGCCAUUUUAAACAUGGUUAAUAACAUUGCUGUCAAUGUUCUUGGGGGAGGCCCGGGGAUGGAAGGAAACAUUUCAUCCCAAGAAGUGAACGUGACCGAGUCUUCACAAGUGCUUGAAACCACCACUGAAACUACCACUGCAGACCUUAAUACACUUCCUGAUGCUGAAGAUGUGCAGAUUUCACCAGACCUUGAUAGCCCUGUAACUGUGGCCCCCUCUUCAGAGACCUUUGUGCCAGAGGCCACUGCCUCACCUGAUAGUAGCGAUCAAGAGCUCCCCCCAGUGGAGGAAAAAAUAGUGACACCCUUAGGAAAAGAUGAAGACGAGGAUAUCGGCUCUACAGUCACUCUUUUGGACAAAGAGGAGGAGCUGGAAGAAGACAAAGAGAAAAGGGAGCACGAUAAACGGCAAGGAGAAAGCCGAGUUUACUGUGCUUUAGAGUCUUCACUUUCCUCUUCGUGCUGUUGUGCAGCCUCCUUCCAGGAGUAUAGCCACCGGCAGUGUUCAGCCUUUUUGUCCAAAACGCGGAAAUGCGAAACGGCCCAAAAGCAAACGAUCCCUACCAUCCAGACACCCGCUUGGCAACCUCCUCUGCUCCCUUCUGCCUGCCCUGGGCCCCAGCAUCACAAUAGAGAGGUACAACAGCCGCAUGAAAAAGAACAAGCUGCUGAGCGGGAGCCAGAGAGCGAAGCUGUCGCACCAGAAGCACCACAGCCUCUGGGGAACGCAGCGGAAUCCAGACACGAAGCUCCACUGCUGGAGCCCAGUCGAACCGUGAACCUCCCCAACCCCGCUAUCACCGAUUCAUCCUCUGCUAAACCCACCCCUGUUGUGGAGAUGCCACAGCUGUCUUCUGGGGAGCCAGCAAAGGAGCCGGGGCCAGUAAAGAGCCAGGAUGUGCUGGUUGAAGAGAAGCACAGCGAGCCUUCAGCCUCUCUCAGUAGCUCCAUCCAUGUAAAACCCAGUGUCAGCGCCACCGUGGACAAGGCUUCAGCCCCACCAACAGAGGAGAAGCCUAGCGUCGAUGCCUCUAAAGUAGAAAUAAAUGCUGUCACCCAGACUAAAGAUGAGACAGACCUGUCUCCAGUUCCCCAUCCCACCACCUUCCCUUAUAUGGAACAACCCGAGCCUCAAGUUGUGCCUGAAAGCGGCUCAUCUGAAGCGUCCCACCCUGCUCCUGACGCCGUCACAGAACCUGAGCCCUCUGAAAGCAACGUCGUCGUAGAUAAUAAAACGGAGGACCUCGCAGAAGACGUAUCUUCCGGGGGCAACGGUCGCCCCACCGCUCCGACGCCUUCUUCGCCGACCUUACCGUCCCUCUCAGACAUCUACGCGGAGCCCCCUAACGGCACGGAGCAGAACGGGAACCCGGUGCACGGCUCCAGCCAGAAAGAGUCCGUGUUCAUGAGGCUCAACAACCGCAUCAAGGCCCUGGAGAUGAACAUGUCGCUCAGCGGGCGCUACCUCGAGCAGCUCAGCCAGAGGUAUCGAAAGCAAAUGGAGGAGAUGCAGAAAGCUUUCAACAAAACCAUCAUUAAACUCCAGAACACAUCUAGAAUUGCAGAGGAGCAGGACCAACGUCAGACUGAAUCCAUUCAGUUGCUGCAGGGCCAGCUGGAGAAUGUGACUCAGCUGGUUCUCAACCUGUCUGUAAGAGUCAGCCAGCUGCAGAACGAGGUGUCAGAAAGGCAGAAUUACCUGCUGCUGUCCCUUGUGUUGUGUUUGUGCCUCGGCCUUCUGCUGUGUGCCAACCACUGCCGCAUCUCCGCUGUUCCCCAAACCGCAGAACCGGAGCCACCCCUCCCCAAGAGCCACCCCUCCUCCUACGGCCCCGAAAGGCAGUUCUCCUGUGAUGAGACGGGCUUGAAGAGGAGUGCAUCCUAUCCACUCAUCCACUCUGAGUCAUUCCAAUUAGCCACCACUGAAGGCCCAGAGGAGACACAGAGUCUUUGUCCAGCAAACAGAAAGAGGAGACGUCGUAAGAUAAAACCCAUGGAUAACGUGGAGACUCUGAAACCCUCUUUCCACGGUCCUCUAGAACUGUGUAAUGGAGCUGCUGUGCAUAACGGCGUGCCCGUCACCACGAACCCCAUACCCUACACAAAGAGGUUUCUGCAACCUCCCUUUAGAGACUCUCCGUCCGAGGGCAGCUCGGAGGCAUCUUCUCAUUCAGAUGACCCGUCUUUCUGCGGCAUCACCACAGCCUGCUCUCGAAUCUGCGACGGCCUCCCUCCGCCCAAGACGCGGGCGGAGAAGCGGGCGCUGAGACGCAGGCGUCCCAAGCCCAGCUGCGCCGUGGUGGAUUUGCUUCACGCUCCUCGGAGGGACAAGGACGAGCCGUCGCCGAUUUCUACCAUAGAGGACAUCAUAAACAGGAAAACGGAGCAAAGAUCUGGGGCAUUUGUGACGCUCUCAGGUUCUGUCUAACUUAAGAAGAGACACAAAAAAAACACAAACUCCACUUAGUGACCGCUAAACUCUUUUACAAAGAGGAUGGUUGUUCAUUUCUUUAGCCAGAGGCAGCUUCCAGCUUCAACGAGAGACAAUCCUUCGUUUUUACUCUUCAUUUUGUUUUCUGUUCUGUGUUCAUCUCUUUUCAGACUAUCCUGUUUGUUUCUUUAAAUCAAAGAAAUGUCUUCCCAGCUUUCCAUUAAAGCUUUUCUCUUUCUCUUGUGAAGCCUGUCACCGUCCACUCUGAAAAAUCUAAACUUCAAAACAUACGUCUGUCUACGUUUUCUGUCUGCAUUUCUUCAGACCUUUAAAUAAACCUGCCAGAUAAUUUAACAGCA